AUGUCGAAAGAAUUAGAAAUUCCUAUCAAGGAUACAAAGAGAAAAGGAUUGAUUUUCUAUUCCGGAAGUAUCCAAAAGAUUCAUGAUAAAGGAAACAAGCGAACAGAUAAAAGAAAUUGCAUUAUCAGUGAUUUUGAUAUACGUUACUACAAGAAAAAUAAACCUGACAGACAAUUCUUCUGGAGCAAUAUAGUCUCUGCUAAAUAUCUCGAAAAUGAAGGCGAAUUCGACUUCAUUUUUAAUCCCUCAAAAACAUUUGAUGAAAAAACGAAUGAACUUUGCAGGUUUUUACCACAAGAUGCAGAUGAAUUAGCCUCUUUGCUUGGAAAAUUCUUAUAUAGGUUUUUAGGAAAAAAUGAAAUUAAUGAACGUAUUGAGCUUCAAACAUUUAUUCAAGACAAAUUUGAUAACAUUCCUAGAGCAUGUAUGUCUAGAUUCAAAUCAUCUCUGGGCAUCAAGUAUGGUUCUACAGAAGAAUUUCGCGAAAUUACAACCUUUCUUAACGAUCAUCUCCGCCCACGAAGUAACAAUAUAAUGCUCAAGCAGGAUUUACAAAAAGUAAUGAAAUUUAUGCCAAACAUUUUGUACUCUUUGAUAACUUACCCUUAUGCAGACCAAAUCACAAUUCCGAACUCAGAAGGCAACGAUGUUUCGCGCGCUCUGACAGGACUACGUAACCACACAUUCCCAUUCAAGCACAUUGCGUACGGAGAAAAUCCAACUGUAAAUUUCUCUUCAUUCUGGGAAUCUCUCUCCACAUUCAGCUUUGACAAUCUUGUUUCUUUAGCUCUCCUCUAUUUUCCGAUGAACGAGGAAUACCUAGAAUCUAUUUCCAAGGGCGGAUCUGAGAAAAAGCUUACUUCACUCGGUUUUAUUGGUGCGGACUAUCUCGAUGCAAACUUCUACUCAAAACUAUUUACUCCGUCAUUUGAUUCCCUUGUUUACUUAAAUAUUUGCCAGGCGAGAAAUCUCGACUUAAAAUUACUUUUCGCAAAUACAAAGCAAAUCAAGCAUCUCAAUAUCGGAUGGAUAAAUGUAGAGAUUGCAGAUAUUCUCCAAGCACUACACGAGUCAGGAAACUCAAAUUAUGUUUCAAUCAACUUAAACGGAAACCCAGCCACAAAACAGCUCGGAGAUAUCAAACUACCAGACAGCCUCGUCAGACUCGAUGCCGGAUUCUCUCAGUAUUCCAAUAAAGUCCUUACUCAACUGUUUGACCUGGUAAACCGCAGCAAAGUUACAUCACUCUACCUUCCAAACUCUCAUGUUUCUCCUGAAGACAUGGUUGACCUGACAAAUUACCUUUUCAAGCAGUCAAUGAAGCUGCAGAGGUUGUCUUGGUCAGGAAACGACAUCGAUUCCAACUUCUUUGUCUUCCUUUCAAAGUGCAAAGGACUGAAAUGCCUUUACAUGGACAGAUGCUUCAAUCAGGCCAAAGCUUUCCUAAUUCCGGAAUUUGUCAUCGCAUUGAAGAGUUUGACAAAGCUCGAAAAAAUCUUCCUGAGAGGCAUAAUCGACCAAUCAUGCGGACCUGUGAUGAAUCAAGUUGUUCAGGUACUGAAGGAAAUAUCCAACCUCGAAACAAUCGAAAUCUCUGAUCAGGAGAUCGGAAAUGAUGCAUUUACAGCACUUAUUGAUAUUGUAAGAUCUUCUCGUGUCAAAGAACUCGGAUUUGAUAACUCGAAUAUUGAUAAUCCGGAAUUGAUCAAUCAGAUUGCAGAAGCAGCUGAAUCCAGGAAUGAAAGCGUUCUCUUAGCAUUUCCAUUCGAUACAAUCGAUGAUUUGAUUGAAAACCACGAAGCACCAGAAGAGCUGUAUGAUGAUUCCAUGAUUCGCUUCAAUAGAAUUCAUAAUCCACAGGCACCAGCUAAAGAUGAACAAGAUCCAAUGACAAAUCCAUUUGAUUACACAGUGAUUUACACCUGUGAUGUUUAUCCUGAAUAUAGAAAUGACUAUAUAGUUCAGGAGACAGAGAAUGGUCAUCCAGAAGAACUUUCUUUAGACACCGAAGAAGAAAAACAGGAAACAGAAUUUUCUUCUCAGAAGAAAUCAAAGAAACAACAAGAAACCGAUUCAGAAUCAUCCGAAGAACUUCCUCCACCAAAGAAAUCAAAGAAACAACAAGAAACCGAUUCAAAAUCAUCCGAAGAACUUCCUCCACCAAAGAAAUCAAAGAAACAACAAGAAACCGAUUCAGAAUCAUCAGAAUCUCCUUCACCUCCUCCAAGAAAACAACAAGAAUCUGAGUUAUCCGAUCAUCUUCUUCCAUCUCCAGAGAAAUCUAAAGAAAGAAUCGAAUCAUCUGAAUCCCCCUUACUUACUCCCAAGAAGUCAAAUAAGCAACCUGAAUAUGACUCUAUUGAAGAAGAAAUCCCAUCAAAGAGGAACUCUGAAUCAGAUCAAAGUGAAGAAGAAGAGAAACUAAUUCCAAAGAAACAGAGAAAGCCUGAUGUAAUAAAACCAGAGCCAAAGAAGAACAAGUAUGAAGAACCGAAAUGGAAAACACCAGAACAAAUCAGAAAGCAAUAUGAUAACAAGAAAUCCGAAAAGAAACUUCAAAAACAAUUUGAUUUGAACACUCUGUUAAACAAGAUCACUAAUGAUAAAUAA